GCUGACCAGGAGGACCUGGAGUGUGGCGACGACUGUGACCGGGAACACUAGUGCUGCUCCGCUUCCUUCAAGCAGGCACCGCCGUACCGGUGCCCCGUGGUGCUCUUAUUAUUAUUAUUUACGACAGAAACCUUGCGUAGACCGCCAUCAUGUAUGAUGUGUUCGGGUCAAUCCGGGGUCUAUUAAAGAUAGACUCCGUGAGCAUCGAUAAUAAUAUAUUUCGUAUGCACUACAAAGCGACUAUGUUCGUCUUAGUGGCUUUUAGCUUGUUGAUAACGCAGAAGCAGUACUUCGGCGACCCCAUCGACUGCAUCGUGGAGGGCGUGGACGCCGGGAUCAUGGACACCUACUGCUGGAUCCACUCCACCUUCACCAUCCCCAACCUGACGGGGGCCAUCGUGGGCGAGGAGGUGCCUCACCCGGGCGUGGCCAACCCUGCCAUACACGGCCCUGACGACCAGUACCAGGUCAAGCAUCACAAGUACUACCAGUGGGUCACGCUCUUCAUGUACUUCCAGGCCAUCCUGUUCUACAUCCCCCGUUAUCUGUGGAAGAUCUGGGAAGGUGGUAAAGUGAAGAUGCUUGUUAUGCAGCUGAACUCUCCCAUCUUGGAUGACGACGUCAAGCGGGAACGCAAGGCUAUGUUGGUAGAUUACUUUAGUGUUAAUCUACACAACCACAACUUCUAUGCAUUUAGGUUCUUCUUGUGUGAAGUACUGAACUUUGUUAAUGUCAUUGGCCAGAUCUACUUCACUGACAGAUUCCUGGGCUACGAGUUUACUACAUAUGGUACUCGUGUCAUUGAAUUCAGCGAACAAGAGCUGGGCUCCCGUCACGACCCUAUGGAUGAGGUGUUCCCUAAGGUUGCAAAGUGUACCUUCCAUAAAUAUGGUGCUUCCGGUACAAUUGAGAGGCAUGACGGUCUUUGUGUACUGCCCCUUAAUAUCUUCAAUGAGAAGAUCUAUAUUUUCUUAUGGUUCUGGUUCAUCAUUGUGGCAGUGAUAUCUGGGGUUGGACUUCUCUACCGCUUGGCCACCUUCACCCCAGCUUUCAGACAGAUCCUCCUGAGGACUCGAUCCCGCCUUGCUUCCUCUGACAAUGUGGAAGCCAUCUCCCGCAAGUGCCAGAUUGGUGACUGGUUUGUUCUGUAUCAACUAGCCAAGAACAUGGAUCCCUUGAUCUACAAGGAAUUUAUCACAGAUCUGGCUAACAAGCUUCAAGGAAAGGGCCCUGUAUAAACAAAGUUAACCCAACUGCAAGUUGUUCGCAAGCUGCAUGAAAGAAGUUUCCAGCGUAAUAUUGAUGACCAUGACACGGGGCCUGCUGACUCGAUCAUGGGGGGAGUUCCCUAUUGAGAUCUCUUUACUGGGUUUAUUAUGUAAAGUUUGCUUGUUUGUGUUCUAGUAGUAAAUGGAAUAUUUCUUAAAAUAUUUACUAAAAUUUUAGCAGAUGGUGCAUAUAAUUCUUAAAAUACUCAUAAGGUGCACAUUUCUUUUAAGAAUACAGCUGUCACAAGGAUUUUUUGUCUUUCAAAACCUGGUCUUGUGCCAGGCAGGAAGAAAUAGUAGUCUCAAAAACUGGCCACAGGAAAAAAUAAACUUGUAAAGUUAAUUUCUUGACUCUUAGAAUUAGUGUCAAUCCAUUUGCCUUUAUAUCUUGCUGCCUCCUUUCCAGGUGUGUAGUGAAAAGGUGUCUAAUAUUUUAAGUAUAGUUUAGUUUAAAAUGUCAUGCUAUUAUUUAUUAUGCAUUUGAUUAAUAUUUAAUUUUUGAUGAUGGAUAUAGAUUUUCUCAUUAUAUCGUUCAACAAUAUGGAAGAAUGAUGAAUUGUGGGUUUGAUGAUUGGUGGGGGGGGGGGGCAAUGGGGUUUUCCAGCAAACAUGUCUGCCUUCUGGGGAUUCUAUAACGGCUAGCUAUGUCUUCCAAUUUUUAAAAUCGAUAGUCGGUAUAUUUAUUAGAUUGGCCUGUGAGAGUCCUGAGUAAGAUACCUGAAGACCUGAACACUCGUCACUUUGCUAAUGGUUAACAAAAUGCCAUUUAGGAGUUCGGUCAGGAUUGCCAUUUGCCAGUCUAGUCACCCAGCUCUUUCAUUUCCGAUUGAAUAGUUCCUGUUACCUGUGUGGCAUGGUGUGUGGGGCCUUGCAUUGCUGGUUUUGAGGGACCAAUUAUUGUAAUUAUAUGACAUUUGGAAAUAUUUUUUCUACUUAUUUUGUAAAGAUAGUUGUGAUAGGUAACAUUAAGGCGUUUUAGUGUAUUUGAAGUAAUUUGCGUUAUGAGCACAAGGAUUUCAGUUUAUAGUUAUUGGACGCAUGUAAAUUAUAUUUUUAGCCUACUUUUGUUAAGAGGAUGAAUGGAGGUGCAAGAGCUGUGUAGUACAUGUGUACAUUAAAGCAUGUUGAUAGGUGAACGACUUUGACUUACUCUGUAUGAACGGCGUGUUAGAGCGCCGGUGGCAGUGAAAUACAAAUAAAUGAACAAUGCUAA